AUGAUACCUUCUUCCGCGAGUGGAGGUGCGCCACGAAUCCCCUCAUGGAAACGAUUAGGCUUGAAGUUAAAGUCGGCCCAAGAUUCCUCAGAUAUCAAUCCUCAAGCCUCAAUUACCCAACCUCUUAGAGAAAUCGAAAUCGCAAAUAGGAAAAGGCCAAGAGACACCGAGUUCGAGCACGAUACAUCUUCGAAAAAGUCGAAAAAUCUCAACUCUCAUCCUACUUCUAAACUACUACGGCCAACCGCUCCCGAUUCAAUUACUACACCUAAAAAGUCUGCGCUAAAGAAGUCAGUCACAUUCACUCCAGAGACGAAAUCACAAGAUGGCGAUAGUAUAAAACAGUUAUACUUAGGUUGGGUAGCCGAUCAGAAAGCUCAAGACGACUUCUUCUACGGUCCUUCCACUAGCCAAGCUUUUGAAACUCCCGCACCACCUAUAGUCGAAGAACAGUUUGAUACCACGCUUCCAGAAAAGGAACGAAGGGUGAAAAGAGUGAAGAAGCCAAAAUCCGAAGACAAACCACAAAGUGGUACACACGAGAAGGAUUUAAAGUCUCCAAAGUCAGUAAAGAAGUCGAAGGUCUCGAAACCUACCGCCGCUCCACGUCCGUUCUUAGCGUAUCUAAGACAGUAUCACGAAUCGAGGGAGACGUGGAAGUUUAAUAAGAACCAUCAAAAUCAUCUACUGAAACACGCUUUCGACGUUGAGGUCGUUCCUUCCGACCACGUUCAUCUCCUCUACGAGUACGUCAGAGGCUUGCAGGGAGGGGUGAGAAAGCGACUCCGAGACGAGGCAUUAGCUAUCAAGGUGAAAGAUCGAGAAUCAGACGCUUCUGGUUUUCCAGCGACAAUGGCAGACAGUAACAAAAGACAAAGAGAGUACGAUCUCGCUAUGAACGAGUAUGUUGCGUCAAUGACUGCUGCUGGCGCAUCUUCUCAAAUGGGAUACGAAGAAGGGGUACUCAUGGGACUAUCGGACGUAGCAAUGGCUCCGAGAAUAGCCAAAAGAAUGAGAGCUGAGCAAACGCUUGCUGAAUUAGGCUCAUCCUCGGAAGAAACAACAGACACGCAAACUGCAGAAACAGAACCUGUGGCCACGGACGGAGAAAAGCGGUUGCGAUUGAACGAUGGUAUCACUCAAAAGCUCGGAAGAAAAAGAAAGCAACGAACACUUGCCGCGGAUGAUUCGAGCUCUUCUGACUCGGACUCAAGUAGUGACUCGGAUGACAGCAGCUCCGAAGAUGAAUCGAUGGCAAAUGGUGAUGACACGGACGAAUCAUCAAGUAGUUCAUCAAGCAGUUCAUCUGGUUCGGAUAGCGAUGAUGAUUCAUCCAGCGAAGACAGGUCGAGCAGCAGUGAAAGUGAGGACAGCGAGGGCGGCAUACAACAGUGA